AGUUAAUGGGUGUUAACGCAGCCACCUGGCUUUGUUUGCAAUUUGUUGACAGCUUCGAAGCUGCGCUGCUGCUGCUGUUGCUGCUGAUGUUGCUGCUUUUUCUUCAUCCAGCUCGGGCCUUUUUUUUUGUUUUUGUAAUUUCGGUUUUUUUAUUUUUUUGUUAGUUGAGCUUCAGUUUCAGCUUCUGCCGGUGGCUUCGUCGGGCGGUAAAUGAAGUUAACUUGGCCUUGUCGCACGCCAGUCUGCUUCUGACAUUCGCGAGUCGCGCUCGAUCGCCGCUUUUAUCGUCUGUGAUAUUACGUUUUUAUUGGCCAAAAAGGGCAAGAGUGCCGAAAAGCGAAUCAAAGCCGCUUAGGUUCAAAAAUAAAUAUAAAUUCGAUUUUAGUCGGGCGAACUUGAGCGGGGCAUUACGAAACGCAAUGAAAACGGUAAUUCAAAGUCAAGAACUAAGUCACUCUGCCAGCUUAUGGCCAAAUAUCAAAAUAAACCACACAAUUGGCCUGUUACUCCUGGUGGCAGCUUACCUUCCCAUCAAAUCAUGGGCAGCACCUGCCUUCCACUUUAGCGAUCCGGACCCGGAUGACCUGGAGGCCUAUCCCACAUCGCCCAGCCAGGUGUUGCCCAUUCAACCUGUGCUGAUUUAUCCGCAGCCACGAGAGAAUCUCUACCAGGCUCGAACUCUGGCGGGUCGAAAUGACGACCAGGACAUCAUUUUCGUGAAGCUGCUGCAGGAUAAGUCCAGUGGCUAUCGUCCCAAGCAGCAGCACCUUGUCCUGGAGGAAACGAAACCCUCCCAGCGGAAGAAACUCGAUAUGAAGGACAUAUUUUAUGUGAAGGCCCUCACCAACGGACGAUUCAGCCACGAACGACUGAAGGUUUACCGGGUACCCGAGUUCUACGCCAUCAGUGUUUUCAGCAACGGAGAUAAAUGAGGGAAGACGGCUGAACGAUAAAAAGGAGUAAUAUAAGUUAUUUUUAAGUCGCUAUAAAUACAUACCUCAGGAGUGCCGAA